AUGUUUUCGACGGCCAAGUUACCAGUGGCUAGCAGCAAAAUCCAGGCGGUCUCGCAGGCGCUCUGGUACAUUGUGCCUCCCUUCCUGUGUUUUGUUGGAAGUAGCCUCAAUAUUUUGACAAUAACUGUGUUGCUUGUCCGUAGAGUUGGGAAGGCUUCAACGCGGAUUCUACUAAUCAGCCUUGCACUUGUGGAUACUGCUGUACUCCUUGGAGUGUUGUUUCCAAUGUGGUUUGAAAUCGGCCUGGGAAUGAGUCCAAUUACUUUAAUCGCAGCAAUAUGUCCCAUUCACAAAUUUACAGCAUACUUCUUUCUUCAUUGUGCGAGCUGGAAUGUCAUGCUAAUAACGGUCGAGAGGUUGAUCUCCGUCAUUUACCCAUUUAAAGCAAAAAUAAUUUGCACAGCUAAGAACACGUCUUUAGUCAUUGGAACAGUAUUCCUGUUUCUGUUCGCCUUGAACACACAUCUUCUUGUCUUCUGGAAGCAAAAAGAAACAAGAGACACAUGCGUAAUAGCCACAGAAGCCUAUGAUGACUUUUUUCAUUUCAUUUGGCAGGUUAUUGACCUUCCUUUUAAUAAUGGCAUUCCCUUCCUUGUGAUAGUAGCUUGUAAUGUUUCGAUUUUGAUUGCAGUCAUUCGCGGGUACAGUCAUCGAAGGGAACUUCAAAACCCAGGCCAUUGUGUGUCAGAACAGUCAGCUCGUAUGACCAGUAUGACCUUCAUGUUGACAACUGUCAGUGUGACCUUCAUCGUAUUAACUCUACCCAUUUCAGUAUUUUAUGUUGUUUCUUCCUUCACAAAUCUGUUGCCAGUGAAUGAUUUAACUUGGCUCAUUCACGAUAUUCUCACGUUUUUGUCCUACAGUAAUAAUGGUAUCAAUUUCCUCCUUUACUGCUUAAGUGGUAGCCAGUUCAGACGGGAGGUUUGUUUAAUGUUUCGCUGCAGGAAUCUCCGACUGGCGCGCCCUAUCAAUUCGAAGUGA